AUGGCACCUAAACUUUCGAAAAGUUCGAAGACCAACCAAAUUACCAUUAUAAAAUUCAAACGGAAUAAGAGUACUUAUGUUUUACCUUUAGACCUUAGUACCAAAGCUUCUUUAUCAUUGAAGAAUUUUAAAGCUUCUUUGGCUACAUCAAUAGAACAGUCGGGUGGACUUUCUCUUGUUGAAGAGGAUGAGGAAACUAAUAAGUUGGAUGAAGAUGACAUUGAGGUUCCUAAGUCAGAAUUCAUAGAUAACCUGGAGAAUGAUGGAAUGAUGGAAGAUAAUGCAGAAGAUACAAAGAAUAUAAUUCACGAUUUAAAAGCGGAUGAUUUAGUUUUGGCACUUCCAAAGGAUAAAACUUCCCCAUACGAUAACAACUGGAUUGAAAUUACGGACGACUCCAGCAUAUCAAGCCUCCAGUUUAAUGAUUAUGAUAUAAUAGCCUUUAAACAUGUUGACGAUGAUACGUUCUUCGUUUCUGAGGCUGCAUACGAUGAAUAA